AUGGACGGCUAUCAACCUCCUCCGCCGCCACCUCCUCCACGACCAGCAGGAAUAUUCGAUGCGACCGAGAUCACAACUCAAUUCGAGCAGCUUUUGCGCGGCCCAAGUCCAGCCUUCUCCACAAAGCCACUGUCACCCGCGCAAUUACCCUAUCAUGCCAACCCCCCACAGGACGAGCGCAGCUGGAGAUUUCGAAACCAGCUGAUCUCCCUGAGCCAUACUCCAAUCAAAUACGAGAACCCGGGUCUGCUUGAUGAGGCCUUGAAAUACAUUCCAUUGGAGAGAAUAUACGCUGAAGCAAAAGAAGAGGAUGAAUUUUUCCAGGCCCAAGCUGCAAGUCUGGCCGAAAGUCGGGGUGGAAAUGCCAAGCCUGAAUGGGGGUAUCAAGACUGUGUGAUCCGCGCACUCUUAAGAUGGUUCCGCCGCGUCUUCUUCACCUUUGUCAAUAACCCCCCUGCUCCCACUGUGGGUCGCCCACAACUUUCAACGGCCAAGUCGGCUGCGGAUGGAUCGAGCGUUUCCCCCGCUACGGCGAGCAUGCUUUGUCGAGCCGUGGGGGGUCGUGUCCGCUGGGUAUGGAACGCAGAAGAUCACGUCUGGACAGAGGUCUAUUCGGAUCACCAACGACGCUGGGUCCAUCUCGAUGCAUGCGAGGAGGCGUGGGAUAACCCCCGACUGUACUCAGAGGGCUGGGGCAAAAAAAUGUCUUACUGCAUCGCCUUCUCCACCGACGGUGCCACAGACGUAACCCGCCGCUAUGUGCGCAACCACGGCCUCCACGGCGCCGAGCGCGCUCGUGCCCCGGAAUCCGUCCUCCUCUUCAUCCUGCAGGAGAUCAAGCGCAUGCGCCGCGAGAAUAUCACGUUGAAGGAAGAUCGCAAGAAGCUCCUCAUCGAGGAUGAGCGCGAGGAGAGGGAGCUGCAGAACUAUGUUGUGAAGAGCUUGGCUGCUAGUAUUAGCAAGAUGCUGCCGACGGGAUCAGGGAGGGGAGGGAGUGCUGGGGAGGUCGGAGAGCAAGCGAAGUUGGAGGAACGACAGAGUGGGAGUCGUGAGUGGAGGGAGGCGAGGGGGGAAGCGGAGCCGACGAGGCGGGAGACGCAGGGAGGACGCAUGCCGCAAGGGGGAGGGCCACCGCCUGAUCUCUGA